GUUAAAAUUUUGUUUUAGUGUAUGGUGCCGCAAACCCAAAUUAUGGUUAUGGUCAAGACAGUGGAUAUGGUGCUUACCAACCACCCCACCCACCAAUGCCUAGCAGUUAUGGCAAUGAUAACACAUAUGGUGGUCAUUAUGCUACCUUUAAUUCUGGUUAUGACCAACCUGCACCUACAUACCACAGCACAGGGUCAUAUGGGGCCAUUGGUGAACCUGUGAAACCGGCAGGGAUUGUUCCUGGACAGUUUUCAUCACCACCACAAGAAUCUAACUGGCAAGGCUAUGAUAAUUAUGGUGGAAAUACCCAACAGUAUGGUAUGGAUAAUGGGUACAAUACUCAAAUGGGAUAUAAUGAAUAUUCAACACAAAGCAACUACCAACAAGAUAGUGUCCCUCCAAGCUACGGGUUUGCCAACAAUAGUGGUGGGACUGGGGGUUAUCGGGGACGUGGUGGAAUUCAACAGGGUCGUGGUGGAUUUGAUGGGACAGAUGGAUACAGUAGGGGUGGUAGAGGUGCAGGGAGGGGUAGAGGUAGAGGGCAGUAUGGUGGUGAAGGACAGAUUGAAGGUGAUAAUAUGGGUAGUGGAGGUGGUGCCAGUGGCAGAGGAAACAGAGGUAGGGGUAGAGGACAAUUUGAGAGUGGUAAUAGAGGUAGAGGGCAAUUUGAUGGUGGAAACAGGGGUCAGUUUGGUGGCGAGAACAGAGGUAGGGGUGGUAGCAGAGGAAGAGGGUAUGUUAGUGGAGAGAACGUGAGUGGAGGGCAGUUUGAUAAAGGAAGAGGGCAAGGUUAUGGUGGUAACAGGGGAAGAGGCAAGUUUGAAGGUGGAAAUAGAGGUAGGGGAGACGGUGUUAAUAGAGGACGAGGGCGGUCCGAUGGUGGGAACAGGGGCAGAGGUCAGUUUGGUAGUACCAGAGGCAGAGGAUGGGUGCCAGAAGGUUCACAAGGUUUGGGACAGGAUGCUCCAAGGGGUAGAGGUCAGGUUGGGGCAAGAGGUAGAGGUGGGGCAAGGGGCAAUGGACAAACUGGAAUCAGAGGUAGGGGACAAGAUGGUGGAAGGGGGCAACGUGGUGGUGCACGCGGAAGAGGACAGUACGAUGCUACCAGGGGAAAUGGACAAGCUAGCAGAGGUCGUGGAAGAGGCAAUGGUGGCAUUUCUGUUCUACCUGGUAUCAAGACAAUAAAACCAUUUAAAAGUUAGUAAAUAUAUGUCCAUAAAUUUUUAUUAGCAUUCUCCCCUCGACAAACCAAAUAUUCUGGUGUUGGACAAAGUAAAAUGAUAGAGUACAAGGACUAUUAACAAGACACCAAGUGGUUAACCAUUAGUUAGUUUGGUUAACUCAUUGGUAUGCAACCCUCGAUGAGUAAAACAUGUUGUUUACUUUAUACAGUGUAUACAUGAGGGCAAUAGAUAUACCAUACCUUGUACAAAGUUUUAGAAUCAGAAAUUCAAAUUGAUCAACACUAUCCCCUUCAAAAGUAAAAUCAUCUGGCAUUAGAGGGAAGAAUGCAUUCAGGUGCAGUAGUUAGUUAACAUUUAGUCAUUCAUGAACAGUUAGAUUUGCUAACCCAUGAAAUGACCAUCACUUUCCCUUGACAAGUAAAAUUGUCUGUUUGGUUACACUUUAAGAGGCAGUUUUCGCUUCUUUCCUUUUUAAAUCGCAUUAGCAAGUCAAGAAACAAUAUUAAACUACAAUUAUUAAUGCUGCUUUCAAAUUGAUGCCAUAUUUACAACAAUAUACAGUGUAAGCUCAGUGUAAGCUCAAUAGAUCAUUUUUUUGGCACACACCCCUCAUGGUAAUCUGCUUCGGUUGACAGGGUCAGCGUGUAUAAAUAAAAUUUCUAUCUUCUAUCUAAGCAAAACUUACCAAACUCCAGACAUCAUUUCUUUUUGGCGUACAAUCUAAAACUUCUUCAAGGAUACAAAUUUGAAAUAAGCGUUGUCCCAGCUUGACAGUGGCCGCUGUAUACAAGACGUGAUAAUCUGUGAUUUACCGUUGUAAACAGAACAAGGACCACAUCUAAUACCGAUGGGUAAUAGACGGUUUAACCAUGCAGAAUUCCUGGUUAAUUUAACCUGCCGUUAUGGUUGAAUGAACUAACCAGAUUAUGUUAGAUGGUCCAUUAACAUGAAAUGUUUAACCUUAGAGUGUAAUAUACGUAGUUUUUGAAAUGUAAAUUUUAAGACCGUUUUUUUGUAUGUAAACGUCACAUAAAUGUACCGAUAUGGAAAUUCACCAAUAUUCCGAUAACCGAUUUUUGAGGACCGAUAUUUUGCCGAUAACGAUAUUCUAUGUCAUUUCACAAUGUCAAUUCAAAGAUGACAUCAUGAUAGUUCUACUUUAAUACUUUUGAAUUUAAUUCAAUUCAUUUGUUACUAAAUACUGAAAAUAUCAAAUGAAAUGCUGCAAAUGCAUGCAACAAACUGGUAUAUUACUACUGUGCGCUAGUGACUGUUUAUCUGUUGUGUUAUCUAUUGGCCCAGACUGCAACUAUAACUAAUCAUUAAUAUUUAACAACAGUUUGUAAUAUCGGUAAUAUCAACAACAAAAUUACCGAUACCGAUAUUUCUAUUUUAGGAUAUCGGUGCAUCACUAAAUACAGUAGUUGGUGUAACACAUUCAACAAUAUCAGGGCUGCAAAUUACUGUCGGACAUCGGACAAUGUCCGACUAAUGUCACAUUAUACAUUUGUUUGCUGUCACAAAAUCCGAUUGCAAAUUAUUCACUCAAUUUGCAUUUUGCAAUAAUAUUUACGAGGCAUUCUAGCAUUUAACUUAACGUUGCGUCGGAAUGGCUAUACAUACUUUUCUCGUGACUUAUAUAUAUCUUGUGUCGUAUACUGUAUAGGUCUGACCAAAUUUAGUGGUGUUCGUUUUUGUCCGAUCAAAUUCAAGUUAUGUCCGACCAAAAUUAAAAGUGAUCGGACAAAUGUCCUGUCAAGUCAAAUAUUUAUUUGCAGCCCUGAAUAUCUUAAGAAAUUUCCUUUUUUAUUGUAUAGUGUCAACUGCAGAUGCCCAAGGUUUUAUAUCGUACAAAAACAAUCUUCAAGAGUAUGCCCAAAAGAACCACAAACCCAUCCCUCAAUACACAUGCCAGAAAGCAGACAUUGGUUAUACAGCAACUGUAAGUGUUGAUGGCAAGAUGUUCUCAUGCCUGCAGUCGCAACGAGAAAAGAAAGAUGCCGAACAAUGUGCUGCAUUUCAAGCGUUGAAGGAUCUGGGAUAUAUUAACCCUAAUGAUAUGUUUAGUCCUAAAUUGGGAACUGAAAAAGGUAAGCUAUGAAGGAUAGUUAUGCAGCGCUGGUUAAAGUAGUAUACUUUUUAAUGGAAAUUUCGAAUGUUGUACAAUUUUUCAGUUGAGAAAAAUGCAACUAUGGGACCUGCGAUUCCGGUGCUGCGCUCCAACCAACUGAGCUAUAGAGUCCAGAGUACUGCCAAAAUCAAGAUAAAUAAAUUCCUGGGAACUAGGUUGCCAGCUUUCGAUACUAUUUCCACCUCUGCCCUGUACAGCCAAUGGCUAAUAAACGUGUGGCCUUCCCUUUAAAUAUAUAGUUGGUUGAAUAUUUAUUUUGACGCUGCUCGCAUGAUUAUCUCCGCCGCGAGGUUAUGUUUUGAUCCACGUUUGUAUGUGUGUAUAGGAAAAUUUUAAAAAUAGUUGAACAACAAGAAAUAGGAAACCCACACAUUUUUUUUGCCUAAGGCAUUCACUUUACAAUGUCCGGCAAAGCAACACAAACUUUUGCUAAGGCCCUUAGUAAAGUGAAUGCGUAAUUAGCCUAUAUUCAGGGCUGCAAAUUACUGUCGGACAUCGGACAAUGUCCGACUAAAUUUGGCAAAAGUAAUUUUGAUCGGACAUUGGUCCGAUCACAAAAAAAAAAUUGUCACAUUAUACAUUUUUUUGCUGUGACAAAAUCCGAUUGCAAAUUCACUCAAUUUGCAUUUUGCAAUAAAAUUUACGAGGCAUUCUAGCAUUUUACUUAACGUUGCGCCGGAAUGGCUGUACAUACUUGUCUCGUGACUUAUAUAUAUCUUGUGACGUAUACGUAUAUGUCCGACCAAAAUUAAAAGUGAUCGGACAAAUGUCCUGUCAAGUCAAAUAUUUAUUUGCAGCCCUGUUAGUAUAACUUAUGCAUGAUAAAAAUUUAAUUCUCUGGCGAAGGUAUGCAGUCAGCCAGUCUCCAAGUUCCCUCUGGUCAUUGCAUGGUUUUAUACUUGUGUUGAUCCAUUUUUUAGAGAAAAACAAAAAGAGACCAUCGAAAGACGGUGACAGUGCUGAGCCAAGUGCUAAAGUAGCUAAACAAGAAGAAGCUGCACCUGGGCCGCAACUUCAGUCUUAUAAAAGCAAGCUGAAUGAAACAGUUAUGAAAAUGAGAUUGGACUUACCAACAUACAGCACUGUAAGAGCAGCUGGUGGAUUUUUAAGUACAUUGGUACUAAACGGACAGGGUAAGAACUAGCUACGGUACUGCCCUUCGUACUUCCUUCGGCUUCACUCGACUAUGAUUACGAUUAGCAUUUCUAUAGCGCAAAUUUACAUGUUGAUUAGACCGCUAGCAGUCCCUCGGAAGAAAGGAGGGACCGCCGACGACAAAUCAAGAAACGAAAUACGCCCACUUUUCGCUCUUGUCAAGUUGGCUCCGCCUUUGCAUAAACAUUACUUAUAUCCAAUUAAUUAUAUCCAAUAGAAACCGUAAUGUCAUGUUUAUUUAUAAAAUCAACGUUCAGUCUGGAAAUUAUUUAUAGCAUAAUUACUACAUAUCAGAUUUGAUUGACAGGCGUAUCGAUUUCGACCAAUGGGAAUUUUGCGUUGUGUGGGCAACGCGUAUUUCAUUUCUUGAUGUGUUGUCGCCAGUCCCUCCUUUCCCUUCGCAUGCCCGAAUUCUAAACCCGUGGAAAGGAGAUACCGCUCUCAGUCUACAUGUUGAUGUGAUCAAAUGCGCUUUACAUCGAGUAUUACGCGUAGGGACCGGUCAUUAUUUAUGGUGGGGGGUGGCACCGAUGAGAAAUGUUUUUCCUGGUAAAAAUUUUGCUGACCCAACCAUUAAAAAGCAAAAAAUUUGAUUACCCAACCUCAAAUAUCAAUUAAAAAAUAACUACCCACCCCUGGGCAAAACCUUUACAAAAGAAUACCAUUCAGUUGACACACAUGUCCUUUACUACUUCUGUGACACAAGUUUGAUAACUAAACUUUCAUGUUGUAUAUGUACAUGUACUUUCUUUGGAGACACCAUUUGUCUCGCAACAAAUCGGAAACCAGAGUAGCGAGCGAAACGUGAUUGAUAUACCUGGUUGCAGUGAACGAACAAACUUUAAAUGAUCAAGAUAGUGACUCUGAUUGAUUCACAUAUUGUAUUGACAUACGACUGUUGACAUUGCUUUUCAGUGUCCAAUAUUUAAGUGAGUCAUGCUUUGGAAAUGACAAUAACUUUUUAUUACCCAACCCUUGAGUUGUUUUGUUUUUCAUUUACCCAACCUUUUAGUUACUCAAAAUUUAGUUUACCCAACCCUUUUCUCUUCGGUGCCACCCCCCGCCAUAAAUGACCGGUCCCUUACCUAACCCCACACGUGGCCAAGACUAUUUUAUCAUUACAACAAUUGUGAUAUUACUUUCUUAACUGCAUGUGUCUAUAUUGGCCCACCACCCUUGUCACCUUUCCCUGCAUGUGGGAGGAAACCGGAGCGCCCGGACAAAACCCACGACUUUCGGCAGAGCGUUGACUGACUCUUUUCACAUGAGUCAAUAGCGAGAAUCGAACCCACGAAAGGCGCUUGCUUUGCCGACUGCGCUACCGAAGUCCACUCGAAAACAAAUGGUGCAGCCUCACCUUUGUUAUUGGUCCACCUUGUGGAACGGUGGAAACUGCUCUAACCUUGACAGGCUUUUAAGUUGCGAAAGGGAGCAGUGAGGAUUAUUAAUGGGUCAACCAACGAAACAUGGCCAGCUGAAUUUUUCAAAUGCAACUUGAAAUGGUUGCCCGUCGCUAAAAUUCUAUACAUCGUGAUCUUAUCGUGAUGUUCAAAGUAAUGAAAGGUUUAACACCAAAUUAUUUGACCCAAUUAUUUUGCGAUAAUCCACGUUUUAACGUGCGUAGCAACCAUAUAAAUCUUUCGCUAGAUAAACCCAAAACCAACUUGCACAAGAGACCUUUUUCUUACAGAGGAGCUGUGAGCUAGCAUAGUUGUAUAUAGUCUAGAUGAUCAUAUUCAAAGUAACGUUAACUCUAUAUUCUCUUAAUUCCUUCAGAAAACAUCUAUAUAACUGAUUUCCACUUCUUAACUUUGUAAAAUUUCUAGUGUUUAUAUUAAUUUAUAUAAUUGUAAUAUUUGUGUAGAGAGUGAGCACGGCCCUUUGAAAAGCAGAUCAUGUGAAAGGCUGCCGUGUCUUGUAAAUAAAUGUAAAUAAAUGUAAAUAAUAAUUGAUUGUGGCCACAUUUUCUAAAACCUGCAUAUUUAUAUUUCAGCAUAUCAAGGAGUCAAUUUUUUCGGGACAAAAAAGCUUGCUGAACAACAUGUUGCUGAAAUUGUAUUUAAUCAACUGGAUUCAAUCAAGGCUGAAACCGCUAUAGCGGAUGACCAUGUCGUUUUGGAGAGCCCAAGUAAGUAAAAAUGAUGUUACUGUUCUGUUAACCUCGUCUUAUUUUAAAUGGUCGAAAUGACCAUGACUAAUAAACGGUCUUUGCCAGCAUAGAUAGUGCCGGAUUGAUAGGGAUGCAACUGCAUGCCUUAAAAAUACGGAGAACUUCGACGUUUCGAGCGAAGAUCUUUCGUUGGGAAGCUAGGAUGCUACUAAUUUCCCGACCAAGGGCCUUCGCUCGAAACGUCGAGGUGCUCCUUGUAUUUUUCAGGUACUGUAUAGUUGCAUGCAUCCCUAUCAAUCCAAAUCUUUCCUAUGAUUAAAGAUAUUUAGAAUUGCGCAGACCUUAAGCUCAGUUAGGCGAGUUGCAACUCUCGCAUUUCACCGGCAACUCUCGUCGACGCUCAUCAACUUUGAUCUGGUUGACAUUUUGAUGAGCAUUGAUGACAGUUUUCGCUACGCGCGCGGUAAUACCCAAUUAACUCUCAUGAAUUCUUGCUUCCCAAGUUGAGAAAACUCUCAUGUAAACUCUCGCUUCUCAAUUCUCAUCCACCCUCAUCCUCGUUCAACCGGAGUUCUAUUCAAAACUGGCCUUUGAAUUAAUAUUCUUUAUAUAAGUGUCUAAAUUGGCACUUAUGAGCUCAAAACAAGUUCACUGUUGCCAAUAAUAGAGAAUAAUACAUGGGUGCGCGGAAAUACCAGAUUUAUUUCGAGUGUUGAACAUGAUAUCUCACGAGUGAGCGCAGCGAACGAGUGAGAUAUCAUGUUCAACACGAGAAAUAAACCUGGUAUUUCCAAGCACCCAUGUAUUUUUCUGUUUAUUAUAUAAACAAAAUUCAGUGAAAAAAAUAAAACGUCCGUGGCAAUGCGUUCUACAACAAAUGAUAUUUUCACACGUAAAAAUAUCGUAUUUUUUACGUGUGUUUAAAUACGAUUUUUCUCAGUGGCCAAAAACUCUAUAUAACACUUAUGUUUAUAUAAUAAAUUUUCUUAUAACAGAAUAUUAAUCGGGCAGUCAUUUACUGGUAAACAUCUAUACGUCUUCUCAAGCAAAACCUUCGUCUUUGCCCUCCGAAUUCCUUAUUCCUUUUUUGCGAUUCUUCAUGCAUGGGAAGUGCCGAUGUGUAUGGUAUUUUCGCACGUGUUAAUUUGUUUCACAAAGCGAACGAGCGAAUGCAAUGAGCGAGUGAGUUUUGUGAACUCGAAUUUAACAAGUGCAAAAAUACGAUGUAAACGUACUUCCCCAAAAUGUUUCAUGCACAUUCUUUGCAUAUAAGUCGAAACAAAGUCCGAAAUAAAUAUCUUGAGAAAUCCACGAUGUUGAUUGAUGCAAAGCUAUAUAGAUAAGGGGUUGUCUAUGUUAUUGUUUUAAUCCAUAUCUUAUAUUUCCCUUUAUGUUUAUUCUUGAACUUUGUUUCGUCUUAUAUCAUUUAACUAUAAAUAUUGUGGCUGAUAUACUGGUUUCUUUUAUAGCUUAUUAGGUCAAACAUCGCGCUUAAAGGCACAGUUCAGCCUUUUGAAUGAUGGUUUUAAGGUGCAUUACAACCCUUCCAAUUGAAAUCAAAGGCCGUUGAGGCCGACUCACGGAUAAGAUCAAAUGAAAGUGACAAAAAGAAUUAGAGCAGUUUGCAGUUGUUUUUGCAAACCGGGCACCGUGCGAAUUUUGCUAUUUCACCCAUUUGUCGUGCUUUUUUUGCCAAAUCAAAAGAACGAACGCGUGCUCCAGCCCGAUUUCCGGUUCUGAAAGGUCCGAUUCGCGGGCAAACAGUGCGCGCAAAGCAAGCUGGUCAUUUCCCAUUGUUUAACUGCCCUACACUCAACCCACACUCAAGUAACCACAAAGACUCACAAAGAGUCAAAAACUAACUAGGAAAAUAAAUUAAGCAUAAUUCAAGAUCAGUGAACUCAAUGUUGUUAACAUUAAAAAUGUUAAAAAAUGUUAAAAACAUUAAAAUCACUGAUCUUGAAUUAUGCUAAAUUGAUUUUCCUAGCUAGUUUUUUUUUCAAUUAAAAGGGUUGUAAUGCGCCUUAAAAACCAUCAUUCAAAAGGCUGAACUGUGCCUUUAACAUGUGCUGAACCUAAUUUAAAUGACGUAAACUCAUUGGUUGAGCUCAUUGCCGGUUCGCCACAUGAUAAGCGCGACGUUUGAACUACACGCCUAAAAAUCUCACAUGCAGCUUGUCAAAAAGAUGUGUCACACUGCUUAGUCCUAGUUUUUGACAAUUCUGGAACAAGUUGUUAUCAUCUUAUAACAAGGUUGAUGAGGCCAUCAGAUUCGCUACAAGUUGUUUCAACAAGUCUGAUAUCAUCCGCACGUAACAAGUUGAUUACAACAAACUCGUAACAACUUGUUACGAACAGCCUAUGCUAGUCUUAUUGGAACAACUUGUAGCAAGCCCAUUGCCGUCAUCAACCUUGUAGCAAGGUGAUAACAAGUUGUUCCAGACUUGUUACAACAACUGGGAACAAACAAUGCGAACACAUCCUGAUAUCUGCUUGACAACAACCUUGUUGCAACUCGUUUGCAGAUCUGUAACAACUUGCUUGUUUUUACGUGUGUAGACCUUUUGGUCUGUUUUGUUACAUUUUAGGCUACGUUUACACUUGCACCAGAUAGCUUUCCGUAGCAACGUAGAAAAACGCAUGUCCGUACCUUUAGGAACGCUGUUUUCAGCGGAAUUAUUGCGACGGAGAGAUUUUGUUUCGGUCGGCUUCUGAAAAUUGUACAUUCCGUAUCGAAUAGGUGCUUUUUCGCGCCGCUACGGAUAGCUCUCCGGUAUGGUGUAAACGUAUCCAUAAUGGGUGAAUGUACAAGACGAAAUUGCCGUGCGGAAUGACAUUCGAAUAAUGGAAUGCGGAGUGACUGUGGAAUGCCAUGCGAAAGCAAUUUUCGAGGCCGUUUUCAGGGUUUCCAAUACAAUUUCGAACAGCAGGUGUUUGAAAUUGUUAUAUGAUGCGCUAGCACAUAUUUCACAGGGCCCAACCAUUGAGAAGCCAGGUCUAUGCACCGAGAACAUUUCUGGAUUUAAGAACCUCAGUCGUUUCAAAGCACUUACAUGUAUAACAAUAGCUUUGAAGUAAAAUAUAUACCAAGGGCCAUGAAGGCUGUUCACAUGACAUUGAGUUUCACUAUUUUUUAUUUCAACACAAUUUGCAAAAAACUGCACUGUAGGUACUGAUGUUAAUUUGAUGCAUGAGCAGAACGAGAGAGUUCGAGGGGAGAUUUCCUGGACUGUUUGCUUUCCAUGCAAAGCUGUUUAACAUUCUUUGAAGUAUUUCUUUGAAGUAUUCUUCAAAGUAAGCGGCGUUAGAUUGUCAUACGACUGACAGAAAACAGCCGGCUGUAGGCUUCUAUAGGAAACCCUGUUUUUAUAACCCUAACCAAUUCUGCAGUCAUUCUAUAUUCUAUUUCGCCUGGCCAUUCCACCCGGCCAUUCCACCUUAUACAUUCACCUCAUUCCCAACUUCCUUAUUAAACAAUCAGAAUUUGUGAUGCAAAUAACAAAUGAAUAUACUGAAUGCCGUUGCUUACUAGAUGCCGUUUUAAGCACGUCUGACUCAGAAAAAGAGCCUUCGGCCAUCCCUAGCUCGCCUCCAAAACCUCCCAGCGCUCCUAAACCGAAAGCCACGAAAAACAUCGUGCAAGAAUAUUGCCAAAAGAAUGGUAUGCAGAUUCCGAUAUAUAAUACAAUUAAGGACUCUGGCAUGUUUAUUGCGACAGUCACCGUAAAUGGCGUGGAAUAUGUCGGUACGCCUCACAUUAUGAAGAAAACCGCUGAACAGAAUGCGGCCAAGAAAGUCUGUGAACAACUCGGGCUCAAGUAGUUGACCUGUUUGACAUUAUACGACUGUUCGCAUUGUUUGUCAUUUUACCUCAGCUCUUAGUGUAAUUGUCCAUUUAGAUACUGAGAUGUUUACAUCUAUUAGAGAGCUUAAGCACAGAAUAGAGACAAACCGAAGGUCGACUCAGCUAAAAAAGCGUAACCACAUUCGCAAUGAUUCGUCAUCAAAAUGCUGACGCCAUGAUCCUAGGCAGUGCCGCUUAUGAGAGGAAUUCACUCCCCUGGACGUCCGCCAUUUUGAACUGGCUAAGAUUAUGGCGUCAGCGUUGCAACGGUUACGCCAAAAUCAUAGGCAACACCAAGAAGUCGACCUUCUGUGUGUCUUUAUACUGUGGCUUAAGGUACGUUUACACACAACGAUUAAUCGGGCCGAUUUAGCUUUAAUAAGUAAACGAUAUUUGAAAAAAUGCUGUCAACGUCAUCUUGACAACAUUCGUCAUUAUUAACAUUCGGCAAAACCUGAAAUCGUCCCGAUUUGUUGUGUGUGUGUGAACGUAGUUUUAAGCAAUCGACGUUGUUGACGACACGGACAUCACGUGCACUCACACAAUUUGACCGUUAAUUAUGGCGUCAGCAGAUCGUGUUUGAAACGGCAGUCGACGCAGUCUCACGUUUGUGAUUUCAAACAAGAACGGCUGUCGCCAUCUAUAACGGAUCGAUUUUACGUUUGCGAAUAAAAAACAUCGCUUGCUUAAGUUCUCUAUUAAUCUUUGUCUUUAUGUAUUUUAUACAUUUUCCGUGUUGAUAUACAGUUAUAUCAACACGAGUGGAAAUUGGGAAAACGAGAAAUUAUGUGGAAACACGAUGCCUGGAGGGCGGAGUGUUUUCACACAAUUUCGAGUUUUCCCAAUCUCCACUAGUGUUGAUAUAACUGUAUAUCAAUACGGACAAAUGUUUUAUAUUUUUUAUAAUAUAGCGCAAAGAAAUAUAAAGAAAGAAAUUUUCCGUGUUGAUACUGAGUUUUAGUAUUUUUGCACAAGUGAAUAUAACAAAUCCUACAAGUUGAUUGGUCAAAUUUGACGUAUUAAGCUGUUAUAUUCACCUGCAGGUGAAUAUAACAAAAUCGAAAUUUGCAAAAUGGCAGCUAGAUUUUUUGUGGAAGUUACUGACAAAAGUAAGCGAAACUAGUUCAGUUCCAGUUUGUAAAAAUACUAAAACGAUUAUUCGCCUCAGGCUCGGUGAUUAUCGGGGAAUAUUUACCUCGACUUCGUCUCGGCGAAUAUUCCUCGAUAAUCACCUCGCCUUCGGCGAAUAAUUGUUAUAUAUCAACACGGCUCUUAGCCAAUCAGCGUUCAGAACUUACAAGUGCUAUAUUAUAAAUCUGAAUAUAAAUAACAAAUGCAUAAAGACAAAGAAACGAUAUAAGCAUCAUGUGGUCGGAAAUGGCCAAUUUUCAUACGACGUUGAGGAAAUCUAUAUAUAAGCAUUGUUUUAGUUUUUAUUCGUGUUGCUUUAAUUAAAGGGAAAUAGACAUGGCAACUGUUAUUAAACAUUUCAAAAGAACGUCACUGAAGAACAAAUUUGGGUCGUUGAUAACAUAACAAAUCGUGCUUGGUUUUGACCAUGGAUAAUAAAAUAAACGGAUAGGAAACUAGCUGACGUGACCUAAUGUUUUCAACGGGCUGAUGGCGUGAUUGGAUGUUGAAACCUAGUUGCAAACCAAAUUCUCAAAAACGGCAUGUUUAGCAAUAAUACAGCUAACCAUUUUAGUCAAAGAGCAAAUGAAUAUAACUACGCCAUUCUACGAUGAAAUCUCUAAGUAUUCCCAGUCAAUUUUAGCAAAUAUUUCAAGCACUAAACAGUGAAAAAUGCGUCCCAAUUUCGUUAAAAUUCGUUAAGACGCCAAUUUCGUAGCUACAAAUGUAAAAAAAUACAAAACAAAGACGAAAAACAUUUACCUUGAAUACUUUGUCGUGGCUUAGGCAUGUUUUUAAAACAAUUAGACCAGUUGAUGCUUCAAUAUUACUCUUUUAAAGCGGAAAGUAUAGCGAAACAACAAAAAUGCCGAGAACUUUGCAAUACGCUUGACGUUACAGAUUGCAACCAGGUUGUUUUUGCUUACGUCAGCUAGAGUCCUAUCCAUUUAUUUUAUUAUCCAUGGUUUUGACUGAUGGUCAGUCAGGCCAAGUUUCAUGAUUCAGAUGUUAGUAUUCUUCCUCAAGUGUUGUCAGCCUCGUUAUGUUUCUUAUGUGGACUGGCUACGUUUGAGUUUUACGAACUACUUGAUGAGAUAACUUGUUAUGUUUAUAUGGAAUAAAAUUUAUAAAAGUCUGGAA